UUCUGGUUUGGUCAUGGGAUCCUGGUGUAGGGUCAGUUAGGGUCAAAGUAGUGGAAUGGGGUGGUGAUAAAAAAAAAAAAAGGAAAUUGGUGUAGGGUUAGUUGGUGGUUCAUUUUUAUUUAUUCCCCCCCAACCCUUUUUUUUGUAUCACAAAAAUGUAUAUGAUCGACCACACACUACCGCACAGUAGAUGGCGGCAUGCGCAAACAAAAUGUGCGAACUUCAUUAUAACCGAAGAAGAAGAAGCUGUGCCUAUGUAUCGUUGCAGUGCAUUGGCAAAGCUACAGCAACGCAGGAUUGUAGCUGCUCGGGGCUGCUGAGCAAAUAACAUCCCAGUCCUGGUUGGAUAGGACCCUAAUCGCAGUUUCUAUCAUUUGAAAAAUAUAUCUAGAUCGACUGGAGAGUGUUUUAAAUUGAAGUGAAUCAGAUUGUAACCAGGCCAUUUGUGCUUUUAUUUUUUUUGUUUAGGCUAUUUGUUUUGUAUUCAUUUAAAUGACCCCGACUCUCACCAAUGGUGUAAGCUGUGUUCAUCUCUGCCUGGGUAGACCAUUUUGAUCAACUGGUAUUUGGUAUUUAUUUUCAAUAAUUUAAGUGUUAUUGUUGUACUCUCGGAAGGGAGUCCCUUUACGGAAUACAGCUGGAUUGCUUAGGGGAAUCUUCAAAUCUGUCUGGGCUAGGAGGAGAUUCGAUUUUUUUCCAACCGGGAGUGGGGGAUAAUAUGUCCAGGCGAAAACAGAACAACCCCUUCAAAGUUAAUUGGCCCUUCCACAGCACCGGCUUUGCAGGCCCCCUUCACACUAUUAACAUGGAUGGCAGGGACGAUUUCAUUGAGGACAGCGAAUGCCACAGCAACAAUUCCCAACAGGACAGCAUUUCAGACAGUGAUAGCGACCUGGACAACCACGACUCAUCCUCCAACACCUCAGCUGACGACCACAUGACCUCCACCAAGAGAACACACCACAGGGGAGUUAAAGAAGAGAGCGAGGAGGGGGCCGACCUGAUGAACAGCUGUGUGUGUCCUCUGUGCACCCUGGAGUUCAGCAGCCCCGAGCAGCUCAUCACACACGUCUACCAGCACACAUCAUUGAUGGGCAGCAGUAAGAACUAUGUGUGCCCAGUGUGUGGGCGCGCGCUCAGCUCGCCAGGCUCCCUGGGGCGCCACCUUCUCAUCCACUCUGAGGACCGCCUCUCCAACUGUGCUGUGUGUGGGACACGCUUCACCGACACCAACAACUUCAACAGGGAGAAGCUCAGAGAGGUCCUGAACACAGGCAGCAGUAUGGAAUGCAGCAGUGGAGAUGAGAACUGUUCCAUGUCCCGGUCUCUCUCCGGCAGCCCCAUGGACAACCCCGGUCAUGGCCUGAUACACGGCCACAACCAAGGACACGGCCCAAACCAAGGCCCAGGACACAACCCUGGCCGUGGCACAGGCCACAUCCCGGGACAGAACCACGGCCCGGGAUACAACCCCGGACACAACCAGGGACACAACCAUGGCCAAGGUCCCGGACACCUCCCAGGCCACCCACUCCCCUCGCUGCACCACAGCCUCCUCUCUUCGCCCCCCUCCUUCCCUGACACCCUCAGCCCCUCACCCGGCCUACCCAUGCUGCCAGACAUCCUGAGCCCCAUGCCUGUGCACCCGGCCGGAGUGCUGCUGGUGUGCAACAGCUGUGUGGCCUACCAGCAGCUGGUGGACGCCCAGUCUCCCAUGAGGAAGUGGGCCAUGCGCAGGAAGAACGAGCCGGUGGAGGCACGCAUGCACCGUCUAGAGCGUGAGCGUUCCGCCAAGAAGACCAAGCGGGAGCACGAGUCGCCCGAGGAGCGGGAGCUGCGGAGGCUGCGGGACCGCGAAGCCAAGCGGAUGCAGAGGCUACAGGAGACAGAGGAGCAACGGACACGGAGGCUUCUGCGCGACAGGGAGGCCAUGCGGAUGAAGAGGGCCAAUGAGACACCAGAUAAGAGGCAGGCUAGGCUGAUCCGUGAGAGAGAGGCCAAGAGACUGAAACGGCGGCUGGAGAAGAUUGACCCAUCCCUGAGAGGUCAGAUAGAGCAUGACCCAGCUGCUAUGGCUGCCCUGACGGCAGACAUGAGCCUGUUCCAGUUCCCCUGCCCCAUGCCUGUCCCCUCCCUGGACAACAGCCUCUUCAUGAAGCUGCCCUAGCAGGACCAGGUCACUGGGGGCAGCACACUGGACCACUAACAGUUACAAUGACUUACUCCACUACGCCUAUGGGUUGCCAUGGUCACAGAUAGAACUAUUCCAUGCUGGUUGAAAUUCCAGCAGCUUCUGUGUCCAACGACUUGAUACCCAAACUCCUGUGUCAACAAAUAACAUUAAUUUAUUACAGACUAGCAGGAAAGAAGAGCAGGGUCAAGAAUGUUUCACUUAAUGAUAUUGAUAAAGCAUGUUGUCAAGAGAUUUUCUGUUCUGGGGGCAAGCAGACUUUGACUUAGCAGCCCAUUGUGACAGAAGCAGUUACACCCUUCCAUCUUUUGCACAUGGACCUUCAGUGGUGGGAAUGAGUCACGUAGCCCAUAGCUCUCUCCCUCGCCUCUUGUCCCUUCUGCUAGCCCAGUCGCUGGAGUUUACCGGUAGCUACACCUCUCUCUGUCUCACGCUGCCAACGUGGGUCUCUGCUCUGGCUAGCUCAUAUCCACCCAAUCAACUACCUCAGUAAGGGGCCGAGGCCGAGCCCUCUGGUCUACGUUCUGACUCCAAGCUUCUUUACACGUACACUACAGAAGAGAAUGCGGGUUGUUUCCUUAGUUUGAGGGUUUGUUUAUAUCUUUAGGAUGUGCUUCCUGGGGGAAUAUUUAACAGGACAGAACAUUCAGAAAGACAGUCAGAAAUGUACUGUAUAAAACAGGAACAGUGCCUGUUCUAUACAUCACAAUUCUAUCCGCUAUGCUCAGAGUAUUCUGUACUAUUUAAUGAGCCCUGUUUUGAGCAACAUUCUCCUUCAUUCCAGCAUGUCCUCUUCAACUCAAUAUACAGUUGAAGUCGGGAAGUUUACAUAGACUUAGGUUGGAGUCAAACCUAGUUUUGGCAAGUCGGUUAGGACAUCUACUUUGUGCACGACACAAGCAAUUUUUCCAACAAUUGUUUACAGAAAGAUUACUUCACUUAUAAUUCACUGUAUCACAAUUCCAGUGGGUCAGAAGUUUACAUACACUAAGUUGACUGUGCCUUUAAACAGCUUUGAAUAUUCCAGAAAAUGAGGCCAUGGCUUUAAAAGCUUCUGAUAGGCUAAUUGACAUCAUUUGAGUCAAUUGGAGGUGUACCUGUGGAUGUAUUUCAAGGCCUACCUUCAAACUCAGUGCCUCUUUGCUUGAUAUCAUGGGAAAAUCAAAAGAAAUCAGCCAAGACUUCAGAAAAAAAAGUUUCGGUCAUCCUUUGGAGCAAUUUCCAAACGCCUGAAGGUACCACGUUCAUCUGUACAAACAAUAGUAAGCAAGUUUAAACACCUUGGGACCACGCAGCCGUCAUACCGCUCAGGAAGGAGACACUUUGUCUCCUAGAGAUGAAUGUACUUUGGUGCGAAAUGGGCAAAUCAAUCCCAGAACAACAGCAAAGGACCUUGUGAAGAUGCUGGAGGAAACGGGUACAAAAGUAUCUAUAUCCACAGUAAAACGAGUCCUAUAUCGACAUAACCUGAAAGGCCGCUCAGCAAGAAAGAAGCCACUGCCCCUAAACUGCCAAUCAAAAAAGCCAGACUACAGUUUGCAACUGCACAUGGGGACAAAGAUCGUACUUUUUGGAGAAAUGUCUUCUUGUCUGAUGAAGCAAAAAUAGAACUGUUUGGCCAUAAUGACCAUCGAAAAAGGGGGAGGCUUGCAAGCUGAAGAACAUCAUCCCAACCAUGAAGCACGGGGGUGGCAUCAUCAUGUUGUGAGGGUGCUUUGCUGUAGGAGGGACUGGUGCACUUCACAAAAUAGAUGGCAUCAUGAGGAAGGAAAAUUGUGUAUAUUGAAGCAACAUCUCAAGACAUCAGUCAAGAAGUUAAAGCUUGGUCGCAAAUGGGUCUUCCAACUGGACAGUGACCCCAAGCAUACUUCUAAGUUGUGGCAAAAUGGCUUAAGGACAACAAUGUCAAGGUAUUAGAGUGGCCAUCACAAAGCCCUGACCUCAAUCCUACAGAAAAUUUGCAGGCAGAACUGAAAAAGUGUGUGCGAGCAAGGAGGCCUACAAACCUGACUCAGUUACACCAGCUCUGUCAGGAGGAAUGGGCCAAAAUUCACCCAACUUAUUGUGGGAAGCUUAUGGAAGGCUACCCAAAACGUUUGACACAAGUUAAACAAUUUAAAGGCAAUGCUACCAAAUACACUCAAUUAGUAUGUAAACUUCUGACCCACUGGGAAUGUGAUUUCAGAUUUGAUUUCUUUCAUAAGUCAUUCUACUAUUUCCUGACAUUUCACAUUCUUAAAAUAAAGUGGUGAUCCUAACUGACCUACGACAGGGAAUUUUUACUAGGAUUAAAUGUCAGGAAUUGUGAAACUGAGUGUAAAUGUAUUUGGCUAAGAUGUAUGUAAACUUCCGACUUCAACUGUAUACUGCCACUACUGUAGGUCUCUUUGCCUUUUAUUAGUCACAUUGACCUUCCUCAAUCUGUUUUUUCCUCGUACCUUCUCAACACUCCAUAACCUUUGCCAAGUAGUUGGUAAUAAUUUCAUUUUUACUUUAUGCAUCUUCUGUUGCAUUGAUAUUUUUGGCUCAUCAAACCACAAUCUUUGCUGCUGUUAUUGUUCUGUAUAUGUUAGUUACCUCUAGGACAUAACAUUUGAACUGAGAAUGCUAUUUUAUUAGCAUUUUUCUAAAUGCCCCAAAUUGUCAUAUUUCCUUCCUCACCCAGCCAAGGUAUUUAAAAAUGCUCAUGUGUCAGGGUAAAUGCUAUAUUUUAAAUAACGAAUCUCUGCAUUUUUCAAGUGAUCUCACUUUGCAGAGUUCAACUCUCCAAUGAGCAUGUUCUAGACUCAUUAUUAAAUCUGUUGACCCUCGCCCAGUUGGGAGAGAUCUCUGGUCUUAUCUGUUUCAUUGACCUCAUUCCAAUUGAUAUUUAUGCAACAUGAUGUGAAUAUAUAUAUAUAUAUUUUGUUUGUUGGUGUAUAUAAUAGCUGCAAUUACACAUUUUGCCAUGUUUGGUUUUGUACUGUAUGUAUUUGUUUUUUCCUUCUCUUUGGUCAUUUGUUCUCAAUUUCUUUCCUCAAAAGGUUACCUCUGAUACACUGUUUCACAACUGAGCUCUGCAGACACAUUGACAACAUUACAUGAUUAGUUUUCUGGAGUAUUCCUCAAGACAGGAACUAAGACGGGUUCUCAGUUUGAGCCACUACCAGGCUAAAGCCCACAACAGAAUAGUAUCCCGCUCAACAGGGAAAAGCUAUUAUAUUCUAAUUGUCCUUAAGAGUCUAGGAGCGGUUCAAACCUCUAUGCAACAGUGCUGUUUAUUCCAAGGGAAAUUUGACUCUUAAAACUAUGCAGAGUGCAGGAAAAAACAAAUGGACUCAAAUGUAUAGAAUUGUGCAACUCAGGCAAUGCAACUCAGCGAGGCCUCUUUGGCCAUAGAUUUAGCGCCCUGGUCCAUUAACUUAUUUUCAGCAGGGUCAUAUCACUAUCCUAAUUUAAGAUACACAGAGCAGAGCCAUGCUGCAGACAGUGUUGUCACACACGGUCAUUAUCUUUGCUACAAAAUCUGUAUCAUUUCUGCCAUGUACUGAACGUAUGGACACCUUUUCAAUAAUGAAUACUGUGUUUUCUGACUGAUUUGAACUGGCAGCAGUGUCAUCAUCCUCACACAGUGGAAUAAUGCGAUGGAAAAUGUGGAGUACGCUGUUCGACAUUAAAAUACUUACAAAGGAAAUGGUAUUGACAGUUUCCCAGGUUCUGUUUGUGCUUUUGAACAGCACUGUAAAGCUCUGCCUAGCGUGACAGUCUGGAUUAGCACUGCAUGUCGUGAAACUGCAUUUGUAUUCUACUGUUAUUCUAUGCCUGCCUGUUUUUGUUCAAUUUAAUCAAGACUGUUCUUUGAACUUUGGCCUUUUUACUAGUCUAUCAGGAUAUUCUCUUGAUGGCCAUGUUUACAAAGGAAAUCCUUUUAAGGAGGCCAAAAUCAAUGAGGGUAAACAAAAGUGAAAAGGAGAAUACUAUGCUAGUUCUGUUGUCACUGCUCAGAAUGGUACUUUUACGGCAGCUGUUCUGCUACUGGAUUAACAGAUGUACAGAUCAUAUUAGAAAGCAGGAAUAGAAUGUGGAAAUAAACAUUGACACCCGCGCUGUGUGUAAAUUCAA